AUGUCAGUUCUGCUGGAAAAGUCAGUUCGAUAUAUGGAAAUGGAAGAGUCUCAGGAAGAAGACUCUAAGAGUAAUUUUGGACCAAAAAUUGCACUUGAAACACUUGGUGAGAACCAGCUUAAACUUAGCGGUACUUCCUUCAUUCUCCGAGAUUUUGACCAAAAAUUCGUGUACAAGGUCAUUAAAACUCAUUCCGCCACUGAAGCUGUUUUUUACUCGAUUGUUUAUCGCAUUUGCAUUCCUCGUCUAAACGAUUUCAGAGUUAACAACAUUAAUCCCGAUGUUUUCGAAAAUAUUUCCUAUUUAGUGGAUAACGAGUUAAUUCCUAAUUUUUAUGGAAUCACUUCCAUUUCUUAUGAAGAUCAUCGUUGGUAUGAUUUGGGCCACGUAACUGACGUGUCUGCGAACACUUUCAAGGCCAUUAAGCUUGAAAAUUUGAUGCAUGGAUUUGAGAAUCCCGGAGUUAUUGAUAUUAAACUCGGCUCACAUAACGUCAACGAUGAUAUUAUUCUAAUAUUGCACUUAUUAUAUUUACCUAUUUGUAACAUGAAUUGGUUAGAGUGUUAUGGCGAAAUCGAUGACAAGAUAAAGGUAAAAUCCGUUGAACUUUGGAGAGAAUUGAAGAGCAAAUAUCAUAAAUCUGUCCAAGAUGCAACAUUAAAAUCACCUCCAGAUUUUAAUGCGUCAGAUUUGGGAUUGCCUGAAUCGUAUAAUAAAUUGGAUAUGCAUACACUUUUCAUGUUAAUAAAGACCUGGAGACAGAAACAAGUUGCUUUGGAAACCACUGAACAAGAACUUGGUUUUCGUAUUACUUCAAUAUAUAUUCAACAUCCCGAUAAGAAUUAUGUAAUCACUAGCAAUGAGGCUAAGAACUUGACUAAGACGCAAACAAUAGACUUACUGAGCAAUAUAUUUAAGAAGGAUGAGAGGAUGGAAAUGAUUAGGCUGAACUUAAUAGGUUUUAUCGAGCGCCUAAGUGAGUGGAUAAGUCUCCAGAAGUCCAUUUCCAUAGUCGCCUCCUCAAUUCUAAUAAUUUUUGAUGUAAAUAACCCAAAUCUUCACAGGAUCAAGUGGAUUGACUUCACUCACAUUAACCACAAUUCCACACCCACUACAGUAUCACUCUAUUCACAAUAUUUCACCAGUUAA